UGUCGAGUCCCGAGUCCCGAGCUGCUUGCAACUUGCCGCAGUCUAUGUAACUGUAAGGUGCUCCGUGUUUUACGCACGCCGCCGUGCUUCCUUUGACGAUAAAAAGCGAGGGAUAUUUGCGAGUCCGUACAUCGGGUGUGCAUCUCGCGAGAAAGUCCCUUCGUUCGACGCUCCGACUCUCGAUUAGCUUUAUAUUUCGCUGAACAUCGCACUCGUCGUACGGAAACCUCGGUGUAGCGCAUUAUCUUUUGCCACGGUCACGUUGAAAAUUUCACGCGUUGCGCUGCUUGAUUCGCGAAUACGGACUCGUAACUUGUGUAUUUCUCAUUUUCCAACCCGAGCACGAUUAGCUAGAAGCAAAGCUCGAAAGAAUCCGCGAACUUGGAUAAUUUCGCUCGCUUGUUGACGAGGAGACGGCGUUACCUAGGAAUUUGACCAAUUCGAGACUUGGCUCGCAGCAGAGAGCCACGCACAGCUAGCUAAAUCAAGCGUGAUUGGACGGCAGGACUGGUCGUUCGUGACGAAGUUACCCACACAAGCAAGGAGGAGCACACGCUACGUCCGACAGUGACCGUGUCAGCUUCAUGCAGCACGCACACCAAGACAAAUAGUAGCCUCCCGCUCGGCGAGCUAACCUCGUGAUUCUCAGUCAGUUGCAAGCCAUCAGUAGCAGCUCACACGUGCGUGUGUGUGAGACCAUUUUUGUACCAAGUACAAUUGGUCGUGUGUGCGCGCGCAUCCCUGAACGGUAUUCGCGGCACGAGGUGGGAGAGAAGCUAGAUACGCUACGGAUCAGCGGAGCUUUUUGACUCGAAGACUUGAGAAUAAUCAGCGCCCUGCAUCCAGAGUCCGACACGGCAGGUAGUACAGUUGCAGCCGAGACUCGCGCCUCAUUCAAUCGACUGGCAGAUUCGGUCAAACUUGAAUCAUGGUGCUUGCUGGUAACGAAGCCGCAAUCCCGACUCGGAAUGGUCGCCGCUCGGGUACCAACAGUCCCAAGUCACCACCAACGGCGGGUGCUAGCGAUGAAGAAGAAACUCCAGUAGCGCGAAUUCGUGUUGGACGUGAUUAUCAAGCAGCUAUCCCAGAAGUAGUCCCCGAUACUGAUGAAACUGAAACUGAAAAUGUUUCUGUUGCUGAAAAUUGUUCUGUUCCUGACAAUGUUUCUGUAGAAUCCAAAAAUGAAGCAACGCAGGAAAAAGCUCUACUAGUUUGGUCCCCUGUUCAUGAUAUUACUGAUGCCAGACUGGACAAAUAUGUUCAUGUUGCUAAAACUCAAUAUGGGUACAAUGGAGAACAGGCCUUAGGAAUGCUGUUUUGGCAUAAGCAUAACUUAGAUCGAGCUAUUUUAGAUUUAUCAAACUUCACACCGUUCCCCGAUGAGUGGACCAACGAAGAUAAAAUCUUGUUCGAACAAGCAUUUUCGUUCCAUGGUAAAAACUUUGCAAAAAUUAGACAAAUGCUUCCUGAUAAACCUAUCUCCAGUUUAGUGAAACACUAUUACAGUUGGAAAAAGACCAGAGCAAAAACUUCCUUGAUGGACAAACAAGCUAAACGUAGACGCAAGAAGUCAUCAGAUAAUGAAGAAGACAGCAAUAGUAACCAUGGCUCGAGUGAUGGCGAUACAGAAGCCCUAGCAAAGGUGCCUAAGGAUUCUUGCAGCAACUGCGGUGUUGCUUGUCAUAAAGUUCGUUCUACGCCUAAAGGACACGCGUGUCAUAGCUGCUAUCAGCAUUGGAGACGCACGGGAGUGGUGAGACCAUUGAGCUCGAUGCCUGGUCGAAUGAACAAGCGAAAACUUCCCCGAGGUAUCUUAGUGAAUCACGACGAUCUGGCAGCUUUGGCCGGCCAACCUAAUCAAGUUGCCGACGCAUGUCAGUCGAUUGAUGUUGAAAUCGUUAGUCUCAAACGACAAAUUCAAAUGAACAAACAGCAGAUAGGUGCAGUAAAACGAAAGCUCUCACCAGCUGCUCUCGCAGCAAUGCGACCCAGUGAGACCAAAUCAAGAAUUACUUCUCGUUGGUCUAAUGACGAGCUUUUACUGGCCGUUCAAGGUGUUCGGAAGUACGGGAAGGAUGCAGUGGCCAUCGCUGAAACUAUUGGAACCAAAAAUGAAUCACACCUAAAGUCAUUUUUCGUCAACUAUCGUAGACGUUUCAAUCUAGAUGCAGUUCUAGCCGAGUACGAAGCUGAUCAAAAAGCAGAGGCUGCCGCCGCUGCUGUAGGUGAUAUUGCUUCUGGGGCUGCUGAUAAUGCCGUGGCCAAUGCUUCUGAAACAUCGGUUACGGCACUAAAUUCAUCCUCCGUUAAGAUAGACGUACCCGAAGUUAAACCAGAAACUGAUGAAAAAGUUGAAAAUGACUUAAAACUCGAUGAAACGCUAAAAGCUGAAACAACUAACUCAGCCUCCGUGGAAAUUCAGUAUGAAGUAAAAAAUGAAAUGGAAGUAAAUAAACCAGCUCAGUUUAAAAAAUCCACUCCAAAGCUUAUGGACUCGAAACAAGCAAAAAGAAAAACUUCCCCUAGUGCCAAUACUGGUGCUAAACCACUAGAAAGAAAAAAUAAAGUAAUCCGAAAAACUCCGAGCCCAACUCCAGCAAAAAAGCGACUUUUGCCUGCAAUGACUGAAGAGGUUGAAAAUAAUUUGAAAAAAGUGAAAUCAGCCUCAGUUGAAAAAGAGGUUAUAGUGUUAUCACCCUCGAAACCAGAAGAGUCACCUGAAACUACACAAGCUUCACCGGCUUCCCAAUAACGUGCAUCUUUUUAAAAUGCACCUAGUAAAUUCGAAUAAUAUUGUUAAUAUAUUAUUCAAUAAUUCUAAGUAAAUGUAUAAAUAGGAAAUAUGAUGAGAAUUGCGAUGGAUGCCUCAGGAAAUGCGUAUAGUAGCACAAUUUUUGAGUUUUCAAUAUUAUACUGAACAAACGUCUCAUCUUUUAUAGACAAAAAUAUCAUUCGAUCAUUCAAUGUAUUUUUUUUUUUCGUAGCUCUCUAAAGGUGUUAUUCAUUUUUCCAAAACUUGACUAGUAGACUUCAAAGCACGGUCAAGAAAAAAAUCGUUAAUCAAAUAAAAAAGUAUGAUUUUUAUAGGAGCGAUUUUCUAUUUUUCUCAAAGUAUCAACGUCGCAAGUAGUAGUUUCCGAAAAACUAAUAAAUAGAACAAUAUUUCAGCGACGUAUAGAUAUUGAUAAGGAAAACAAAGCAUACUUCUAAUAGUAACAAAAUAAUGGAAUGCUUCAUUUAAUUUCCAAUUUGCAUUUUUUUCAUGUUCAAAUAAUAAGUUGAAACUCCCUCCUGUGGCAUCUAUCGAGAAAUCUAGAAAAUAUUCGACGUAUUUUAUAAAGCAUAGUUACACGAAAAAUGAUGCUUACUGCAUUUCCGUAAUUUAAGCAUCGCGUUGUUUAAGUAGCCGCUUAUACAUUGACCAGUGUACACAUGCGGAACUCAAAGUUACAAUAUUUAACUUCCGACCGAUUUUUACAAUUUAUUUUCAUUCACUUUUUUAUCAUAUAUACGUAUACGAGCAAUCAGAUGUGAAAGUCGUUGAAUAAAGGUUAAUAGCUUUAGUAAAAAUCUCUGCUGUGCGGUUUCAACGCAUAAAAAAAUUGAGAUUAAUUAGUGUAAAUUCAGAAGCUAGGGUAAAUACGAUUUUUCUACGAGAAUGCGUGACGAUAAUGAAAUGAGUUAUUUUCUUACUACCCUGUUGUAAAUAUGAAUAGGUUUUAAAAAUCGUCGUUUUCCUAGAAUGAGGUUGUGUUUUGCGAAUGAUUGAUAUUAGAUCGCCGAUUUUUUUUUAUAUGAUGUUCAAGAGAUUACCAAAUUUUUUCAAUGCAAAAAUUGUGCGAAUUUUUUUAACCAUUUGAUGUACAUUGUGUACGUUUGUUUAUUAGUGUAGAUGUCUCCUAGCACUAUCGAUUAAGUGUUUUGUAAAUUUAUUGUUUACUGGAAUAUGAAGAGCAAUUUAAAAAAUUUUGCAUUUCGUGUGAACAAUAAUGCAGAAGUUGUAGGAUUGAUCUAGAGAAGUAACAAUAUCUAGAGAAAUUAUGGUCUGAAAAAACAUGUACAAUUGAAAUUACGUGAUAAUUUUGAAUAUAAUUAACACAUCCGUACUCAGCCACACUUUGAUGAGCGGUCAAUUCACUUGCAAGAUACUUAAAUAUAAUCUUGCAUAGCACUGCAUAUUCUUAAUCUUUAUAAAUAUAAUUGUAAGAUUCGAAUGGCUACUGGAAACCUGAUUUUUUAAUAGGCUGAGUACAGCUGUGUUUUGCUUUACAAUGCUUGCAUUGUAUUGAUUUUAUGAAACACUUGAAACUUUAGUUAUUCAUUGUUGAGUAUUGUAGCUGAAUUUCCAAACGUCAUACGUGAUUGUUCAUACAUCUGUAUCUACGGAUACUGCAAUACUAUAGAAUGUAAAAAAAAAUAUUUCCACAAAAAUAAGAUAUCAAAAAGAGUGUUACAUUGGUUCUGAGAGUAUUGAUGAAUUUCUUGCUAUUAUUAAUUGCUUG